AUUAUCAUUGGCCAAUAAAAACAAAAAUACGGAGUGAAGAACACAUUAUUGGACGAUACAAGUUUUCCGCAAGUUAUUUAUUGAAAAGGAUCGUAUUUUUACGUGCUUAGUUCGCAGGAUCUUUUUGAUCCACAGAACAAGAAUGGCAGGCGUUUUAAAAAAGACAACUGGAUUAACGGGAUUAGCCGUAGCGAAGAAUCCGCAUUACAAUCUUGGAAUUCUUUACGACAAAAUUUUGCGAACCCUUCAAAAACUACCUAACGAUUACGCAUACAAAAUUCACACUGAAAAACUUAUCAAAGAACGGGAGAGCAUUAUAAAGACGACUCCUAACAUUGCUGAAGUGGAGAGAAAAAUAGCGUGCGGGCAGAUCGAAGAGCUGAUAGUUCAAGCGGAGAAUGAACUGAUUCUGGUCCGAAAUAUGGCAGUAUGGAAGCCUUGGGAGCCAUUGCAAGAGACAGCGCCGCCUCAUCAGUGGUCUUGGCCGCCCCACAAAUAAAAAUUUUUAGGUCUCGUAGACACAUGUAUAUAAAUGAGACACAAAAAAAUUAUAAUAUAAAAAUCCAUAUGAAUGAAUGUCAAUCGACGAUCUCAUAAAAGCAGCAAGAUAGGAAAA